AUGGAUGCCGUGACGUUUCAGUCGGCUUAUAAACAGCUCGUCAGUCCUGUUAAGGAGGAAAGCGACUCGGAGGACACUGAUGACUCGGAGGAUCCAGGGGAGAACAAAUAUACGACGACUCGGAAAAUGAGUGGACAAAGCGAACUUAUAGAAACAUUGGUGCUCAAUCAUCACGUGAUCACGACAGCGGACGAACCUAAAGAUGACCUUCGACGCCCACUUUUGGAUCUGCGCAUGCCCACAUUGGUUACCAAGGCAGCCUUUGCGUUGCCUGCCUUGGAAGACAUGCCGCCAAUCCACAAGAAGUUACGAGGGCUAAAGCGUCUUGAAGUAAGUCCCCCACGAAGUCUUCGCGACUUGAGGAACAUUAUCACCACUGAACUGGGGAGCAUCGGAAAGAAGUUGUCUCGACUUGAGCGCUCUUACUACGGAGUUGGUAAAAGCGUACAGCAUGAAGUUGACAAAUACGUGAUGCCUAUAAAAGGAGUAAUGCGCAUGCUCACAAUUUUUGACAUGUCUUCCGUAACAGCAAUUGAAAAUGCGAUAAAAUCCGGAAGUGACCCAAAGCGGUACAAGGGUGACCCAAACAACAUAACCUUACUAAAAGAAGCAUAUGCCAAAGUGCUGACGUAUGUUCCUGACAAAUUCAACGAAAUCAUUGACUGUUGUAACGGAAUUCUUACUGUGCUGGAGAAAUAUUUUGUCAGUUUCUACGAUACGGACUCCGACGUUUAUCUCGAGACGGCCUCGCAUUACGAGGAACAGCUACGUACAUGGCAGAAGAGUAUCCGCAGUAGCUUAGAAAGAGUUCACAAACUUCAGAGAGACUUUAAGUCUAGCAUGAUUCACUUCACCGGAUUCACUCCCCCUGUUGCGACAUUUUGUAAAAAGAACGAAUGUGAACAUGUCCCAUUUAUUUUAAUUUUCGCGGACGCGUGUACAAAUAUACGGGCGGUAAUGACCGUGCUGAAAACAUGGCUUCAAGCAGACGAGAAUUAUCCCGUAUUCCUACGCAAUGAUAUCGAUGAUAUGGAGAAACACAAAGAGGAAAAGGUUAAACUAAUGCGUGAAAGUAAACAAAGGUUUCACGCUGUGACUUACAAACUUAACCAAACAGAGUUGGAAUGGGAUAAGGCGGCAACAGAAGUUGAAAACAUGAAAGAAAAGGAAGAGGCGCUCCGAAUAGAGGCCGAUUAUCUUAUAAACCUCAACGCAGAGUUACAAUCGGAAGUAGAAUUUAAAGUAUUUCGAAGAGAUGAGCUGAAAAAGAACAUUGCAGAUGUUUCACCUGAAAACUACAAUGAGACGUUUGAUAUGUUGACUGAUGAAAUUAGAUUUGUUAGAGACAAACUGCCGUUGGUGAAACGCCAACUAACCGCCGCUCAGUUUAAGCUAGAGUGGAUGGCAGAGAAAAAAACAUGUUUAGCAAAAAUAGAAAAAGAAUUGCAACAGUUAAGGCGGGAUGCAAAUGACGUAGAUGAAGGGAGGCAGCAGCGUGAGGAUGAUGUGGAGAGGCUAGUUAAGGCGCUUGAAUUGGCCAGACGUAUACACCGUUACAAAACCAGCACGGACGUGGCCGAGAAGAUCUAUUUCUGUUUGCCGAUUGGCCACCGACACCGAGCCCAAUCGCUUCAGUCGCUCACGCCGAGUGAAGAUAUUUUGACGAAGGUCUGCGUGAUGGUGUCCCGCUACAUUGACCUAGAGUGGAUGGACCUGUAUCGCGAACUUCCCUUCUUCCCUAAACGUGGUAAACAGACCAUCGAGAAGGACAUCAGCGCCAUAAGCGUAGAGAGUGCCCGCGGACCCCGAGAGAAUCGCACGCUUAUUGCGCUGAAUCGAUGGAGGCGACACCACACCCGAGCAAAGACCGAAGACAUAAUGGAAACACUGAAGAGAAUAAAACGCUUGGACAUUUUUACGGAAGUUGACAAGAUAGUGAACCCUCCGAAAAUCGUGGAGGAGGUGAAAGAAACUUAUGUACCUCCGUCAGUAGCACCGGAACUGGUGCCUUUUUACAGAGAGGUAGAGCGGUAUGAUAAACUUCGUGCAGCACAUAAAAUAAAAACCGGACGUCAAUGA